AUGGCCUUGCUCUGCAACUCCUCAUCUACACUCCCUGUUCCACCAGCUUCGCGAACAAAGAAACAUACUCCAACCGUUCUCUUCAACAAAUGGGCUAGCAGAACUAUGACUGGUGCCUUAACCGGAGCUAUCUCUUUUGCUCUUAUAGUUUCUUUGCCAUCUCCGUUCUCGAUGGCACUUGAAUACUCUUCCGUACAAGUUGAAGCGCCUUCCCCGUUCAGUUCUUUACCGCGGGAGAGUUGCCUCGAUGAGGAACAAGAAGAGAAUACCGAAACUGGACCUGUCACCAAUCAAGAAAUUGUGGAGGAAGCUUGGCAGAUUGUGAAUGACAGCUUUCUCGACGCUCGUCGCCAUCGCUGGACACCUGAAACGUGGCUGAGAAAGAAGGAAGAUAUUUUAAGUACUUCCAUUCAGACAAGCUCAAAAGCUCACGAUAUAAUCAAAAGGAUGCUUGCUAGCUUGGGUGACCCUUACACACGUUUUCUUUCACCCGGAGAGUUCUCCAAGAUGGCGAAGUAUGACAUGAGUGGUAUUGGAAUAAACCUUAGGGAAGUUCCAGAUGACAGUGGAGGUGUGAAACUGAAGGUUCUUGGUCUCUUGCUGGAUGGCCCUGCACAUAGUGCUGGUGUGGAACAGGGGGAUGAAGUCCUUGCUGUGAACGGAGUGGAUGUGAAAGGAAAAUCAGCCUUUGAAGUGGCAUCUAUGUUACAAGGCCCAAGCGAAACAUUUGUAACCAUCAAGGUUAAGCAUGGCAACUGUGGACCCAUUCAGUCUAUGGAAGUCCAGAGACAACUUGUUGCUCGUACUCCUGUCUUCUACCGGUUGGAGCAAGUCAGCAAUGGCGUGACUUCUAUUGGGUAUAUGCGCCUAAAAGAGUUCAAUGCAUUGGCUAGAAAGGAUUUGGUAAUUGCAAUGAAGCGACUGCAAGACAUGGGUGCCUCUUAUUUCAUUUUGGACCUUAGAGACAAUCUUGGUGGAUUAGUACAGGCUGGAAUUGAAAUUGCUAAGCUUUUCCUUAACGAAGGCAAUGUUGUGAUUUAUACUGUUGGAAGGGAUAACCAGUACCAAAAUACUAUUGCUGCAAAUACUGCACCAUUGGCUACAGCUCCUGUUGUUGUAUUGGUGAACAACAAGACUGCUAGUGCCAGUGAAAUUGUUGCCUCUGCACUACAUGAUAACUGUAGAGCUGUUCUGGUGGGGGACAGGACUUAUGGAAAGGGUUUGAUUCAAUCUGUGUUUGAGCUUCGUGAUGGAUCUGGUGUGGUGGUCACUGUUGGGAAGUAUGUCACACCAAGCCACAUGGACAUUAAUGGAAAUGGAAUAGAGCCUGACUUUCAUGAUUUCCCAGCAUGGAGUGAGGUCUUGCAACGUCUUUCAAAGUGCAGUAAGCUUCAGCAAGAAAAAAAAAUCAGUUGAGAUGUGAUCCGAUCAGCUUGCCCAGUGGUUAUACUGCUUAUGAGUUGAGCUCAAUGUUCAUGGUGGCAUAGAGCAACUACUCGUAGCUGAUAGAAUUCAACUUCCAGCAUCUUCUUCUGCAUGCCUUACCACAAAAGUUAGACAGCUGAUCGGGUGGAUGAACGUAGAGUUUGUGGCUGGAUCCAUAUUUUGUAAAUGGAUUUUGUUUAACUGAUCCAUCAAAUUAUUAAUGUCUGUGAAUAACAAAUAAAAUAAUUAGCCAACAAGAGAUGAUUACAUCUACCCAUAUGCUGGGAGUAAUA